CUCUCUCUCUCUCUCUCUCAUCCUAGUGUCAUGCAUAAUGAAAUUACUGACCCUAGUUUACCUGGUCAACUAGUAGGUAUACUCUUCCUUACGGUAAAAAUGGAAAAGAAAGCAAUCUACUUGUUAUCUUGGUAAUAGAUAGCAAAGUUAAGGUCAAAAAACAAUGUGGCGAUUUUUUUUUUGGGGUGGGGGGUGACAUAGAACCCAAACCGUAAGUUUGAUAGCUGAAAUUAGCGUCUCUAUUUGAGUAGGAUAGAUAGUUUCGUGGUGACAUUUUUUAUGGUGUUCACAUUUAGUUUCUGUCCCAAGUCCUUAGGAUACAGGCAGGGAUGAUUGCCCCAGUUUCCUAUACUAGAUUUUUGUCCCAGAAUAAUGGCAAUUGGACCAUAGAGCACCAUGGCUUAUAUCCUGAGCACAGGCAACAUAAUUUCUUCUUCUCUUUUUCCUCCCCAAUUCUGCACUUUACGGAGUUUUGCAUGUUGAUGCAGGAUGGAGCUUCAUUAAUCCGAGCCAUGGUUUCCAAGGAAGCAAUUGUCUUUCGCCAGCAACUUUGUAGGGUUAUCACAGACGUACUGUAUCAGUGGAUUUCUGAAACAAUUGGAAGAGGUGCCCUCAUAACUCGAUAUAACAUUGAGCUAGGUUCAUCUUCCACAUUAUCCACACCCAUCUAUGAUUAUGAGUCCAUCCUGAGAGAUCGACGCCUCAAAGUGAUUUUCUUCAAGGUAAUGGACUCUGCUAGGAAACAUCCCGUAUUGAUGCUGAGAUUCUGCUGCUCUUCCUUUGUCAUGUUUUUCACAGCCUCAGCUUUGGCUUGUCAUCGGGUGUUAGUUUCUUUGUCCGAAGCUUACUUGGGUCCUGUAUCAUUUGCUCCAAAGCAAGUUGCAUUUGGCGCAUAAUGUUUUCACUUGACAUCAGAGAAUGUGUCCAUUGAAGAAGAGAGAUGCAAGCAUUAUGUAUGGAAAUUCUUUCAAUUCAAAACUCGAAAAGGUACAAACCUCAGUGACGAUGGCCAAUUAGGUUGAGUUAUACGCUAAAAGGAUUUGUGAUAUUGGUGCCAAAAACCUUAUGUGAAGAAGUAUAGGUAUAGAAUCUGCAAUUUUGAAUGUCAUAUGUAAAAGUAUUUGUGGAAUCUGUACAGUGUAAAUAGCUGCUACUAUUCUCUUAACGUCAAAAGAAAAGCCCUGUUAUGUGACAUUUUUGGUAUGUGCGUGUAUUUGCUCUGUGGU